UAUAGCAACAAUGUGCCAAACAAUGCUAAACAAUAUGACCAAAAGAUACAGUCUUCAUUUAUGUUGUCUAUCCUGUCAGAUGGCUUGCUAGAUAGUAUUUUUAAACAGCAAUAGAGGCCAAACCAUUAAUCUUUCUGGCAUUUAAAUACAUUCAGUUCAGUUCAGUUCAGUCGCUCAGUCGUGUCCGACUCUUUGCGAGCCCACUUGAAUUCACUUCAUAAAUACUUGAUUUUCAGGAAAAGAUAAAAGUCAGUGGUGUAUUUACAUGAGAAGAGCAGUCUCAUUGUCGGUGUUUUUCUCUUCUGAUCCUCCAGAUGAAACCAGUCAACUAAGACAUGCAGCAAGGAAACGAAUCCUCCUUUACUGAUUUCAUUCUCCUGGGCCUCUUCUCAGACUCCAGGCAUCCUGGCCUCCUUAUAGCCAUCAUCCUCUUCAUUCUUGUGGUAGCCAUCACUGGAAACUCAGUCUUGGCCCUACUGAUCUGGGGUGAUGCCCACCUCCACACUCCCAUGUACUUCCUGCUCAGCCAGCUCUCCCUCAUGGACCUCACCUUAAUCUCCAUCACUGUCCCCAAGAUGGUCACUGAUUUCUUCUCUGGACCGAGUUUCAUCUCUCGCAUUGGCUGUGUAGCCCAACUCUUUCUUUACCUGAUGCUAGGAGUGGCUGAGUGUGUUCUCCUGACACUCAUGGCCUUUGACCGCUAUCUGGCCAUCUGCAGCCCUCUCAGAUACCCAGUCAUCAUGACCCCCAGAGUCUGUUUGCAAAUGGCCAUUGGUUCAUGGGUUGGGGGUAUGCUCAUCUCCCUUAUGCACACAAUUUAUACCAUGAAUUUCUCUACUUGUGACUCCAGGGAGGUUCACCAUUUCUUCUGUGAGGUUAUGGACCUUCUGAAGCUCUCUUGUGAGGAUACCUCAACCUACGAGAAGGUGGUGUUGGCAUUUGGCAUUGUUUUCCUCCUCAUACCUUUUGGACUCAUCUUGACCUCCUACAUCCUCAUCUUUCUCACUGUCCUCCAUAUGAACUCCCCUGAGGGCAGACACAAAGCUCUGGCCACCUGCUCUUCCCACCUCAGUGUAGUGAGCCUCUACUUCGGUCCAGCUAUGACCAUCUACAUGACCCCCGGUUCCUUUCUCUCUGCAGAUGUGGACCAGUGUCUCUUUGUGUUUGAUGUUAUUAUCACCCCCACGCUCAACCCUCUUAUCUACAGCCUGAGGAACAAGGAGGUACUGGGGGCUCUGAGGAAGGUUCUAUGGAGAAAGCUGAUGUUUAUAGUGAAAAGAUGAUGUCACUUUUUUUUUUUUUUUUAAGAACUCAUAUUCUCUAUUGUUCCCCAUUUAAUGCUGGUGCUAUUAGGCAAAA